AUGUCAGAGUUGCUAACCCGCAUCGAGCUACCCUUCCUCCUGGCACUCCGUUACAGGGAGGACCCCGGCCCACAGGACUCAGGCUACGUGCGACCUCAAGGAAGUCCUGUUCCCUACCCAACCAGCAACUAUCAGAGGAGCGAUGAUGAUUUCGGUGGUGAUUUCACGGAUCCUCAGAGACAACUUGAUGCGGUCCUCAAGCUCCUCAACGAGAAGCUAAUCACAUUUCCCAGCGCUGAAACAAGACUAAAACUCACAUUCAAGCCUCGAAAAGGAGCCUUCAGCCUAGAAAGACUCAAGGAGCUUGCAUCCAUGCUUUGGGUGACGGACCCUCUCCUGAACCUACUCCAUCUCUUGGACUUGGCUGUUAAAAGGGGAGGCAAUGAGCACAAGUUCCAGGCUGCGUACAACUUCCAAAACGCAGCCGAUCUGAAGCACCCACGUAUUGAGCUGAAUCAACAUUGCGGAACUCUUCACGGUCCAGCCAUCACGGAUUGGGUCACCAUUUGCAAGUUUAUUCUCGAACCUCCUCGACCAGUACACGACUCAUCUCUCAUCGCAGCGUCAAGAAUCCUGAGACAGCGAGUCGAACAAGGCUUCACAGUCUUCGAUUGUCUACGCUCAGACGGCAUAGGAAAGAUGAGAUACUACACGCCAAGGAAAGAGUUUCAAAUCCCAGACUUGAUAUACUGGCCAGUUCGUACAAGGCCUGUCCUCAAAUAUGACCCAGAACCUGGGCCGGUGAGAUCUUACAUGUCGCUGGACGACAUUGAGAUCGAGGCUCAGAAAUGGGCCAAGUUCACCAAAGGCGUCAAGGGCACCGGUAAUAGCACCUACUCCUUUGGCGUAGAGCUGGAAAUGUUGGUCCCCACGUCUGAGAAUCCCAAGAAAGAGCUAGAUCGAUCCUUUUACACUUAUCAGUAUAUCGACGACCCUCCUGACCGUCUAUUCUUUGACAUCAGAGAAGAGCUUCGCUUAGAAAAGGAAAAAGACCCGAACAAAGGCGUAUCUCGUCGGGACUCGGGACUAUGGACCCCGACGUUUCCAGAAAAUGAGCCAACCUCGGCCGCAGGGGGGGACGCCUUGAAUUUAGGCAUGGACUUGAAGAAUUUAGAUUCCUGGCUGGUUGAUCAAUUACUGACUGAUCCAGAAGCGAGUUCAUCAGAUACUUCAAUGAUGGACGUUGGCUCAGUCCCCGUGUCGAGUCUUCUUGACUCUGAUCCGAUGGACGUUGACAUAUCCUCCGAAGAAGGCACUACUACCCCUGAGAAGGACCCGCAUCCCCAAGACCCUAGAGAGAUUGCUCGCGGGAUAUGCUUUUCUCAACGAGCCCAUCAGAUAGCAGGCAUCAUCUCUUCAUUCGGUCACCCGGCGUACUUCAUCUGCAACCACAGUAACGGUACCGGCCGUCCCUGGAAGCGCGAGCUAGCAAAGCGUGGACUCUUCCACGCGGGCGACCUAAAACUCAACUACCAUGCGUGGUCCCUUGUGCCAGACGGUUCACUCCCAGAACAGGGGGCCUGGGCUGGAUACUGGAAGCUGACUGGUCUUGAGCUCAUCAGCCCAGUCUGCCAGGAUGUGCCGGAGGACUGGGAGAAGAUCCUUGAGGUCGUAGGCGGCUUUGCGAACAAUGUCAGGGUGAUUCAACAUACCGCCUGUGGACUACACGUCCACGUUGGCAAGGGUCAGCAGAUCCUUCCUAUACAUCUCAUCCGAAAGAUGUUUUGCCUCAUGUGCUGCGUAGAGAAUAUCGUCUUUAGCCUCUGUCACCCCCACAGGAAGCACCUGAUAUACUCGGCUGCGUUGAUGGCGGAUGCAGAAAAUAUAAAACGUCAUUCCAAGGGCAGAGCUGCACACCCGGACCUCAAGAAGUAUUUCCCUGAUGAAGUUGAAGAGAAUCCUCUCCUCUGGACCGUCUUGAAAGAGAUGUGGGUAGAAGAUAAUUUUGGCGCGAUCAAAGACGUCUGCCGCAAGGUCUCGCUGUCUGUAUCACAUUGCCAGGCUCUCAACGCAAAAGGCCGGCCCUCAGGCCAGGGCGACGACGACGUUUACGUCAAGGGAACUGUAGAGUUUCGUCACCUAGAAGGAACCAUGCAUCCAGGCUUGGUGCUGCGAUGGGCUCAGCUCGCUGUCGCACUCUUCCAGUUUGCAGAUCUCGCAAAGCCGGAUGACUGGAAGAAGCUAAUCAGCACCGCGCUCAAGUGCAAGGACCCGGUGAACUACGACCUUGAACUUCUCGACGACUUUCUCCAGCAGCUUGGUCUAGGGGAGGACUUUGACUUUUGGGAGCACAGAGUUCGUUGGUCCAUGUCCAUCAAAGAGCAGCUCCCAAGGGGGGGUAAUUCAGUCUACGGCUAUAACACUGAAAUUCCCCCUGACAAGAAGUUUGAAGGUGCAAUCCCCAGCGAAGUAAUGGAGGCGAUACGAAAGAAUAUUUGUCAAAGAGAUAGGACGCCGCCGUAUCUGGCCCGCGAGCAAGGGGAAAUCAGUUGA